CAUACGGCGUGCAGUCUGCUGGCAGUGAGCAAUCCACAUUCUAGUCUAUAACUGUCUGUCCUCUGAUUUGUCCAAUGUAAAAAAUACACUCUGUGAUAAAUUUUAGAAUUAAAGCUAAGUUGAAGACAAGUUGAGAUGGAUCAGAAGUUGCUGCAGCCUGCAGAUGUCAACAUGUCAAGCACAAAGUACUUCAGUGCACUGCUUCAGUGCACUCUCCUGCUUUUGUUAGCACUGGUGGCACCUGCCAAGUUGGACGGUGGCUGUGCUCUUAACUCAAAAUACUAUCAUGUUUUGGAUCAUGCACUGCUUGGGCAUGCCUUUAUGGUUAAAAUGACAGACUCGCCACUCUCUUGCGCAAAAUAUUGCCUGAUGAGUCCACCUUGUGCAUCAUUUAACUACUACCGGGGUAACAGAUCAUGUGAGCUCAACAAUGCAACAAGGAGUAUGUUCCACUGUGAAUUUGUCAAAUGGUAUGGAAGUGUCUACUUUGGUACUGAUAAGGUCUCUAACUCCUCAUCACACAAUUCAGCAGUUUCUCUGCCAACAAGCUGUAAGCAGCUCAUGGAGGCUGGCUACAAUCAGAGUGGAAUUUACAGCAUUUAUUCAGAUGGGGUUGGUAGUGGCCUACAGGUCUACUGUGACCAAACAAAUCAUGGUGGAGGGUGGAUUGUCUUUCAGCGCCGCCAGGACGGCACUGUGGACUUCUACCGUGAUUGGAAAACCUACCAGGACGGAUUUGGCAGCCUGAAUGGGGAGUUUUGGUUGGGAAAUGACUACCUUCGCAAACUGACAGAAUCCUCAAGUGAAACAUGGCAGCUGCAGAUUGAUUUGGAGGAUUUUGCUGGCCAGAGACGCACGGCAGGAUACAGCCGUUUCAAGAUUACAGGAGACAAGUACAUUCUCAACAUCGACACUUUCACUGGAGAUUCAGAGGAUUCACUGACGCUUCACAAGAACAGCCCAUUCACAACCAAGGACAAUGACAAUGAUGGUAAAACAGAUGGUAACUGUGCACAGAUAUAUGAAGGGGCGUGGUGGUUUAAAAAUUGUCACUGGUCACAUUUGAAUGGUAAGUACUACCACUCUGGGAAUCCAAUUCUACAUGCUCAUGGGGUCCGGUGGGGCAGUGAUACGUCCCUCAAAAAGUGCAGUAUGAAAAUGCGUGAAUGGUGAAAAACAUUAUAUUUUAAAGUUGAGGAAAAGGGACUACAACUUGCAAAAAAAUAUCAAACAAAUACAAUGAAGAAGUUUCUGAUGUACAUGCAUGUAUGUACUGUACGUGUAUCUGCUUUGAGCAGCACAUUCAGAAGUGUUUUAUCUCAAUUUUUAGUCAGUACCAGUAGACUGAGAGUCUUCA